UCCUCUGAAGGAUUACAUCAACAUUUUAUGUGGGAUUGUUUCUGAAACGGGAGUCCAACCGGGAAGUCGUCAGGUCUGUUGGUCAGCAUUACAGCCCCCGCCCGGGUGUUAGAGAGGCGCAGUAAUCAACGCUACUCUCCCAUCUUCCUCAAAGCAGCGGCGCCGGCCACUUUAUAAAUAGUCCCACCUAUACUUACUGCCAGAACUCACUGGUGCCAGUGGUCCACCCUAAACGCACUUAAAGCUACAUCACCGGCGUUUUCUUCCAGGACCCAAAGAUAAGACAUGGCUAAUGAAGAUAUACCAAUGAACGGGGCUGCUACCAGAGGCGACCCUGCGGAGGAUUCCCUGCAGCCAGGCAGCAGGAGGCGGCACAGACCCCUUAACAUGAACCAUUAUGCCAACAAAAAAAGUGCGGCAGAGAGCAUGCUGGACGUAGCUCUGCUGAUGGCAAACGCCUCUCAGCUGAAGGCUGUCCUGGAGCAUGGACACACAACCAGUUUCUACGUUCCCCUCGUCACACUCAUCAGCAUCUCCCUCAUCUUACAGGUUCUGGUGGGAGUUAUGCUCAUCUUUAUAGUUAAGUGGAAUCUAAAUGACGAAAGUACGCACUACAAGUUGGACAUCUUAGAGAAUUUUGCCACAGCUUUUGUAUUCGUCAUAGUGGUCGUCAACGUCUUCAUCACAGCCUUCGGUGUCCAGCGACCCGAAUCGGGACCUUUACCAUCACAUUGAUAUGAUAUGACUGCUGCUCAUCAAGACAAUAUCUUUUUUUAUAUAAUUUACCAGAUUAGAUAAUCAUUUCAUAUCAUCAGCCUUGACUGAGUUUUUUUUUUCUAAAAUGGGGAUCUGAACAAAAUGGAUGGUUAAUUUCUCACCAGUUUGUUAAGGGUGCAAUAAACCACCAGGAGUACCACAAUCUAAGACAAAAUCACUGUGACUGUUGUAUCAAGUUUUUUUUUUUUAUGUAUGCAUGCCUUCUGUUAAUUGUUGAUGGACUAUAUAACCAAUGCAAAGUACUUCUUGAAUUCUUAAUCAGGCUGGAAGGUGCAUUACAAUUGGGGGCCGUACAGCCAUGAACCACACUGCCACUGUGAUAUGCAUUUAUUUUAACCCUCAUAUACAUAUAUUUUAUCUCUUACGUACAUGUUCUCCUCUCAUAUACAUACAUUUUCCUCACACAUGCAUACAUUUCACUCUCAGAUACAUAUAUACAAGAUCUUAAAUAAUCUUUGUAAUGUGUGACGCAGGAAGUUAUUACUCAAAAUUGAAGUAAUUCUUGAAUCAGGAAAUGCUCCAUAUUCCUGGUAUAUUUAAACAGAAUAAUUACUUGAAAAACUGCAUUUAUUGAAACUAAUUAAACAGAUCUCAUUUCCUCAUCUUUUUUUGUCAUUUGUGGGUGAGGAGUAUGGUUGACCAGUCCUGCCAUAAUUAAAAACAACAUAGAGGAAUACAAUAAUGAAUCAUAAAAAUAACCAGUUGCCAAAAUAAUAGCUUGAAAUUUAAAUUAGUUGGCCAAUAAAUGCAACAAAUUGAUACAAAUUAGAGGUAUAUGUAAAAAUUAUUAUUAGACAUAAAUAUAUUACCUAUUAUAUUGUUUUAUCUCCACACUUUUAUUCAGUUUCAUAGUCUUUUUAUUUAUAGAAUUAAUCUAAAGUGUUUUAUUAUGCAGCUGUUUAAAUAAACUUUUGAAAUAUCGCAAAGGAAGAUGCAGUGGAUUUUGUGAUUUAAGAAUUACUUUGCAUUUUAGUAAGAACUGCCUGUGUCAUACAAUACAUAGAUUAUUUAAUUUAAAAUACUGUAUGUGUGUCUCAGAGGGAAGAAUUUAUCCAUGUGAGAGCAAAAUCUAUGCAUGUGAAAGUGGAAUGUAUGCGUGUAAGACGAGAAUAUGUGUGCAAGGUAAAAUGUAUGUCUGUAUGUGAAAGAAUAUAGCUUUGUGAGAGGAGAAUGUGUGACAGAGAUCAAAUGUAUGUAUGUGAAAAAUAAAACAUGUAUGUGAGAGAUAAAGUAUGUGUGUGAGAGAUAAAAAAACAUCUAUGUAAGAUUGGUGGUAUGAUUUAUGGCUUGUACAUCCCUUCAUACUUUACUAUAGCUUUACUGUGGGAGAGAAGUGUUUCACCUGGAUAAACUUUGUUUUUUUAGUGCUAUACAAACUGCAAUAUUUUGACUGUCUUCCAUGUACGAUAGGUCAGUGUCUGACCCACAAAUAAGUGGAAUUGGCCUGUGACCUUGACUGUUCGGUGUACAUAAAUGAUGUCAAACAGGAGUUUAGUAAUCAAUGUCAAAAGUAGAUGUUAUUUUCUUUUAUUUGUACUGUUUUCUUUUUUAAUGUUUUUACAGUUAUGAAGUUAAGUGUUAUCAUAUUUAUUACAAUAUUUAGUUUCAGUAGAGGAUUGUAAGACCCAGAAUCGCAAAAAAUUUUAUUGUGGAAAACAGAAAAACAUUUUUCGUUUUGUUUUAAAGAGUUUUUUUUUCUACACACUUCUGUACACUUUGACUAUUCAAUUAUUC